UCCAGACUUGGCCGAAGUAGCUCCAACACAGACCUGUGCACAUGCCUGGAAUUGAGUGACACGGUUAAAGGAUUUCAGAUUGCUUCGUGCCUCUUGGGAAGUUCCGAAAACCACCCUUUCCAACUCUGGAAUUCUGCUCAACUGAGAUUCGCUUGAAUGUUUACACUAUCUGCUUGCUGUUCUACUCACCACUAAACAGUGUUCAGAUCCUGAUCAGGAACUGAGUGUGUUCCGCAAGCCACCAUGGCCAGAUUGAGCAUUGGGAUAGCAGCUUGCCGAAUGGUGCUGGGCUUGCUGAUGACUUCAUUAACUGAGUCUUCCAUACUGAAUAGUGAGUGUCCCCAGCUUUGCGUGUGUGAAAUUCGCCCUUGGUUUACCCCACAGUCCACAUACAGAGAAGCCACCACUGUUGAUUGUAAUGACCUCCGUCUAACAAGGAUCCCUGACAACCUUUCUAGUGACACGCAAGUGCUUCUCCUACAGAGCAAUAACAUCGCCAAGACCGUAGAUGAGCUUCAGCAGCUCUUCAACUUGACUGAGCUUGAUUUCUCCCAGAACAACUUCACAAACAUCAAAGAGGUAGGGCUGGCCAACUUGACCCAGCUCACGACCCUGCAUCUAGAGGAAAAUCAGAUCUCGGAGAUGACAGAUUACUGUCUGCAAGACCUCAGCAACCUUCAAGAACUCUACAUCAACCAUAACCAGAUCAGUACCAUCUCAGCUAAUGCUUUUUCUGGCUUAAAAAAUCUCUUAAGGCUACACCUGAAUUCCAAUAAAUUGAAAGUGAUUGACAGCCGUUGGUUUGAUUCUACACCCAACCUGGAAAUUCUCAUGAUUGGGGAAAACCCUGUGAUUGGAAUCCUGGACAUGAACUUCAGACCUCUCUCCAACUUGAGAAGCCUAGUUUUGGCAGGAAUGUACCUCACUGAUGUUCCCGGAAACGCCUUGGUAGGCUUGGACAGCCUCGAGAGCCUGUCCUUUUAUGACAACAAACUGAUCAAAGUCCCUCAACUUGCUCUGCAGAAAGUUCCAAAUUUGAAGUUCUUAGACCUCAAUAAAAACCCCAUUCACAAAAUCCAAGAAGGGGACUUUAAAAAUAUGCUUCGGUUGAAAGAACUGGGAAUCAACAACAUGGGAGAGCUGGUUUCGGUGGACCGCUACGCCCUGGAUAACUUGCCUGAACUGACAAAGCUUGAAGCCACCAACAACCCCAAACUGUCAUACAUCCACCGUUUGGCUUUCCGAAGCGUCCCAGCUCUAGAAAGCCUGAUGUUGAACAACAAUGCCCUGAAUGCCGUUUACCAAAAGACCGUAGAGUCUCUUCCCAAUCUACGCGAGAUCAGCAUCCACAGCAAUCCCUUGCGGUGUGACUGUGUCAUCCACUGGAUUAACUCCAACAAAACCAACAUCCGCUUCAUGGAGCCCCUCUCCAUGUUCUGUGCCAUGCCGCCUGAAUACAGAGGGCAGCAGGUGAAGGAGGUGUUAAUCCAGGACUCCAGUGAACAGUGCCUCCCAAUGAUAUCACACGACACAUUCCCAAAUCAUUUAAACAUGGACAUCGGCACCACAGUUUUCCUAGACUGUCGGGCCAUGGCUGAGCCAGAACCAGAAAUUUACUGGGUCACUCCCAUUGGAAAUAAGAUAACCGUGGAAACUCUUUCAGAUAAAUACAAGCUGAGUAAUGAGGGAACCUUGGAAAUAGCGAAUAUACAGAUUGAGGACUCGGGAAGGUACACAUGUGUUGCCCAGAAUGUCCAAGGUGCUGACACUAGAGUGGCAGCAAUAAAGGUUAAUGGAACCCUUCUAGAUGGUGCCCAGGUGCUGAAAAUAUAUGUCAAACAGACAGAGUCUCAUUCGAUUUUAGUGUCCUGGAAAGUUAAUUCCAACGUCAUGACAUCAAACUUAAAGUGGUCGUCUGCCACUAUGAAGAUUGACAACCCCCAUAUCACAUACACAGCCAGGGUUCCAGUGGAUGUCCAUGAGUAUAACCUAACACAUCUUCAGCCUUCUACAGAUUACGAAGUGUGUCUCACGGUGUCCAACAUCCACCAGCAGACGCAAAAGUCGUGUGUCAAUGUCACAACCAAAAACGCUGCCUUCACCCUGGACAUCUCCGACCACGAAACCAGCACAGCCCUUGCUGCGGUGAUGGGGUCGAUGUUUGCUGUCAUCAGUCUUGCGUCCAUUGCUGUGUACAUUGCCAAAAGGUUUAAGAGGAAAAAUUACCACCAUUCGCUAAAAAAGUAUAUGCAAAAAACCUCUUCCAUCCCCCUGAACGAGCUGUACCCCCCACUCAUUAACCUCUGGGAAGGAGACAGCGACAAGGAUAAAGAUGGCUCAGCAGACACCAAGCCAACCCAGGUCGACACAUCCAGAAGCUAUUACAUGUGGUAACUCAGUGGGUAUUUUGCUUCUGGUAGUAAGGAGCACAAAGACAUUUUUGCUUUAUUCUGCAAAAAUAACAAGGUGAAGAAGACUUUUGUACUUUUGACUUUGCUAGUUUGUGGCAGAGUGGAGAGGAUGGGUGGAUAUUUCAAAGUUUUUUAGUAUAGCGUAUCGCAAGGGUUUCACACGGCUGGUAGUGGCUCUCAGCUGCCAGUUUGUGUUUGGUUUUUAUCCUUAUCAUUAUUAUGAUUA